AUGCCAAAAGUAGGCACUGUAUUGGGUAUAGGUGUUGAUAUCGUCAAUUCUGUCAGAUUUGAAAGAUUGUUGACAGCCAAAAGCACGUCUUUCGGAACAAGGCUAUCCAAGCGAAUUCUUCACCCAGAACACGAAUUACCUUUGUUUCAGCAGAUGCACUCACAACGACAAGCUCAAUAUCUUACUGGAUCUUGGGCAGCAAAGGAAGCAUUAUUCAAGACAUUGGACUUAAACUCACAGAAAGAGUUCAACUUUAACCAAUGGUACCGCUUCCAUGAUUCCAAUGGGAAGCCAUUUAUUUGGAACGAUCGAUACAAAUUGUCUGAUGAAGAGUUCCAUCUUAGUAUCUCACAUGAUGAUUCUCUUGUAAUUGCUACAGUACUUCGUCAGAAGGUUUAUCAAAUCUAA